AAAUACUUGAAACCAACAAAUUAGUAUCUAAAAGAUUAAGAGAGAAGAAACUUUUGGGAGAUGAGCAGACGCUCUACUAAUUUUCCUCCAGGAAUUUGGCAGGCUAGAAGGGAGUAUGGCCGCCAGAGACAUAACAUAAAUUAUUCAGACCAUGUGAACUCCACGCCGCCACACUCCCAUUCAUUUCAGAAUUCUUAUAUAGAGAGAGAUCCAUUUCCAUGGCGGCCUGCAGGGGAGGCAAUGUUUGCAAGAAUAUUGGACAUUGGAAGCCCUCCGGAAGAAACACCUACCAUUGUCAGAAUCAUUACCCACUCCAGACCGGGACAGCUCGAAUCCAGUCCAAGACCUGCGGAACUGUACACGCCAACUCCAAGAUCCCAAGGGAACUCGACGCUAACAUCUGAAGAGCAAAAUAUGGCACUGAAUAAGCUCAAGAAAAAGAUCUAUGAUCCUCCGAAGAACCUAGGUAAGAGAAUUAACUUCUACUACAGAGAAAAUUACAAGGAGAGGAGCAACGGGGAGAGCGAUGAAGACGGCAAGAGAUGCUCCGUUUGCCUUGAAGAUUUCCAGCCGAGAGAGGAGGUGAUGACGACGCCCUGCAACCAUAUGUUCCACGAAGAAUGCAUCGUGCCGUGGGUGAAGAGCAAUGGCCAAUGUCCGGUCUGCAGAUUCGCUUUGUUCGAGCGAACAGGGCGAAGGGCGGCUUCAUCCAACAACGCUACUGCAUCAAAUGUUCUGACCAAUAAUCUACCCGACGAUGAGAUCGUGUACUUAAUACGAGCCAUGGAAGAAGCUCUGAUGCUGCGAAAUCUCGCCGGAUUUUGGGGAGCAUGAAGCGUCCUCUCGAUUUGCCCCCCAAAUCGACAUGAACAAUGCCCUUAAUCUCAACAAAUGAUUGAUGAAACACAACCUCUAAACAUAUUAUUGUGCUAUGAACAUGAAAUAACUCGAGACUCGAUAGAGCUCGUUGUGCCCGCAGAAGCAUCCUCUCGCCCAUGGAUUGAAUGUCUUCUAGACUUGUAUAAUUGCUGAUCACGAUUCACGAAUCAUGCUAUGGUUAAAAGAAAAUAUUAAAUCCUUCGCGCCUUAAUUUCUA